AUGGUGGUCGCGACAUUCUGGACCUGCCUGCUGCUUUCUGCUUUCCUUUGUGAGCCGGUGCUGUCCAAGGGCGGUCGUGGAGGCUCCCGGGGCUCCUCUCGAGGCUCCCACUCCCGGAGGAGAGGAGGCGCCUACGGCGGGACCCGCUCUCGCUACAGGUCGACAGGGCGGUCCUCCGCGGUGAGGGUGGCCAGUGCGGCCGCAGCAGGGGCAGCAGUGGCAGUGGCGCUAACAGCGGAUAAAUGGUACGCCUCUGCCUACCGCCACAGCAAAGCCGACAGCUCAGACGAAGAGCUGGAUUACUACAACAGGACCAAUUACUUUGAUGCUCAGAUGCGUAGUCACUGGUGUCGAUCGCCAUGA